GUUACAUGACGACUUACAGCGUUGACACAAAAAAAAAAAAAGACGGAAAACACAAGGAAAAUUAAUUUCUUGGCGAGAACGGCGGAAACUUCACCUUACGGAGUUGGUCGUGGUGAAAGAAUUGAGCGGUGGCGACUUAAUCGAAAACCGAUGUUAGGUCAGGAAGGUUGUAUAACGCAGCGACCCCGGAGUAUCUGGAGUUUAUUGUUCUUCUUCGCCUGCUCCCUCCAUCUGAGCUAUUUCUGCUUAGCCCCCUGCGCUACAAGCUAGCUGACGUUAGCCAACGCUGGAUGCCAACACUGUUGUUUGUGUGCGCUCUUAGCUCUCAGUUUAGCGAGCAGCUUGAAUAGAAAACAGCACUGGUUAAUCCGUUCYGUUUGCAGCUGGACUCGGCUUUCCUCUGUUAGCUCGGCGGCUCCGGUACCAGUUCGGUCGAGGGAAAUGGCAACGUCGGCUCUGUACGCCUGCACGAAGUGUAACCAGCGGUACCCCUUCGAGGAGCUGUCGCAAGGCCAGCAACUGUGCAAGGAAUGUCGCAUUGCACAUCCAAUAGUGAAGUGUACGUACUGCAGAUCUGAGUUUCAGCAGGAGAGUAAAACAAACACAAUCUGUAAGAAAUGCGCCCAGAACGUCAAACAGUUUGGAACACCCAAACCCUGCCAGUACUGUAACAUCAUUGCGGCUUUUAUCGGGACAAAGUGCCAACGCUGUACCAACUCGGAGAAGAAAUAUGGACCUCCACAGACCUGUGAACAGUGCAAACAGCAGUGCGCCUUUGACCGCAAGGAGGAAGGCAGAAGAAAGGUGGAUGGAAAGCUUCUCUGCUGGCUCUGCACGCUGUCGUACCGCCGCGUCCUGCAGAAGACGAAGGAGCAGAGGAAGGGCUUCGGGUCCUCCAACUCCUCGUCAUUAAACGAGAAGGACCACCACUCCAGAUCGCACCAUCAUCACCACCAUCACCACCACCACCAACACAGACACAGCACUUCUCACCACAAACUGAGUGGGAGCUUGAGUCCCGAGCAGGAGCCAGGACUUUGGAAGCAGAGCCAUAAAUCGUCUUCAAUCCAAAAGGAGACUCCAAAGAAGAAACCAAAACUGGAGAUGAAGCCAUCUAACGGGGACAGUUCCAUCACUCAGUCCAUGGAUUCAGGCGGAACAGACAACUUCAUCCUCAUCAGCCAGCUGAAAGAGGAAGUGAUGUCACUGAAGAGACUUCUGCAGCAGAGGGAUCAGACUAUUCUGGAGAAGGACAGAAAGCUUACAGAACUCAAAGCAGACUUUCAGUACCAGGAGUCCAAUAUGAGAGUGAAGAUGAACCAGAUGGAGAAAGCACACAAAGAGUCCAUGGAGCAGCAGCAGACUAAGAACAGGGAGCUGAUGAAACAAGUGGCUGCCCUUUCCAAGGGGAAAAAGUUUGACCGGACAGGAAGUUUGCUGCUGUUGCCCUAACAAUAGGCCGGCCAUCGGGUAACGACAACAGAGUGGCUUCAUUUUCUGUAACACUGUGAGCGUCUCCUUCCUCUGUUUCCUCUUUGUCAUCUACGUCCUUCGCUUCUUGAAUUACUGAAGCCAGAGGGCAUGUCGUACAAGGAAACCAGCUGUUACAUUAAAAGAAACCUCUCUCUUAAUAUAUACACUUUUUUUUAGAUAUUUUAUGUCGCGUUUCCUUUGGAUGCGACUUUUAGAUGAUGUGGAGGUCGAAGCCCUCGUUUCUACACUGCCGGGCCAAAACAAAAAGCAUGUUGCGUGCUUUUGUUGAGCACGUUGUGGUGACUCUGUAUCCACUUGGUUUUUAUGGAUGUCAUGCAAUUAUUUAUUCAACUGUAUUUCUUAGCUUUGUUUUUAUUCCUCAAGACAUACUGCGAAAAUAUCCCACGUUUUGGGGUUUUCGAUAGCAAUUAGUUCUAUUUUUGUAAACAGAUGCGAUUGUGGAAGACACUCUCUCCUCAACAGAGACCUACGUGCAACUUUAUCAUGUAUGCAAAACGCCGGGUGGGUUACUGCUGGGCCGCUGCUCAGAAAACUCAGAAUUCAGACAACCAAUGAGCACUCUGAAACGGCUAAAUGCCUCUUUGCUGCCCACUUCCUCACUGUGUGACAGCUUUGCUGUUUCUCUCUACUGGAACGAUUGUAAUACUGCAUGAUUUUACUGCCAGAUACCAGAAGGGCGUUGUGGUCGGACUUCUUUACCCUCCCUUUUACUUAGUUUUUUAAGAAUCACCUGUAAAUGUAUUUACUGGGGUCAGCCAUUGUAUUUCAACCAUUGCUUCUGUCAGUUUUAGUGAGUACAGUAUGUGUAUGGUAUGGCCAGUUGACAUUAACAUGUCUGUAGAAGAUGCUUUUUAAAGGAACACACCUAUCACCUUACAUUACUGGGCUGGUUUCAUACUGUGGUGUUCAGGAUCACUUUUGUACUUUUUUUCAAUCUGAAAUGUUUAAAACUAUUAAAAUUGACUAAACUGUUA